AAACCCCCGCUUUCUUCUUCCUCUCCAAACAUUGCGCCCCAUUCGUUAUUUUCCAAUUUGCUUUCGCUAUAAAGAUACAACAAAUUUCGAGCUCUGAAGCUUUUCCUGAUCUCUCUCCAACAAUGGAGGUCUUCUACUAUCUCGUUUUCGGGGCACUGGGUGCCAUAGUUGCAGCUAUCGAGCUGAGUAAAAACAACAGGGACAGAAUCAACACCACCACCGCUUUCAAUUCCUUCAAGAACAAUUACCUUCUUGUAUACUCUCUCAUGAUGGCUGGGGAUUGGUUGCAGGGGCCUUAUGUGUACUAUCUUUACAGUCAGUAUGGCUAUGGGAAAGGGGAGAUUGGACAGCUUUUUAUUGCUGGUUUUGGUUCCUCUAUGUUGUUUGGGACAAUUGUUGGAUCACUUGCUGACAAACAGGGUCGAAAGAGAGCUUGUGUGACAUAUUGUAUAACUUACAUACUGAGUUGCUUCACAAAGCAUUCGCCCCAAUAUAAGGUUUUGAUGUUGGGCCGUAUUUUGGGAGGUAUUGCCACUUCUCUCCUCUUUUCAGCAUUUGAGUCGUGGCUUGUUGCAGAACAUAAUAAGAGGGGCUUUGAGCAACAAUGGCUGUCAAUUACAUUCUCUAAAGCAAUAUUUCUUGGCAAUGGUCUUAUUGCCAUUUUAUCUGGGCUUUUUGGGAACGUACUAGUUGACUCCUUGGCUCUUGGGCCAGUGGCACCUUUUGAUGCUGCUGCUUGCUUUCUUGCCCUUGGUAUGGCCAUAAUCUUAUCAUCAUGGAUAGAGAAUUAUGGAGAUCCAUCUGAAAACAAAGACCUUCUCACGCAAUUCAGGGGUGCAGCCGUGGCCAUUGCUUCUGAUGAAAAAAUCGCCCUCCUUGGUGCUAUUCAGUCCCUGUUUGAAGGUUCAAUGUAUACCUUUGUUUUCCUUUGGACUCCUGCUCUUAGCCCGAAUAAUGAGGAGAUUCCCCAUGGCUUUAUCUUUGCAACGUUCAUGUUAGCUUCUAUGUUAGGAAGCUCCCUAGCUUCUAGGUUACUGGCCCGUGCAUCGUUAAGGGUGGAGAACUAUAUGCAGAUUGUUUUCAUUGUCUCGGCUGCAUCUCUUGUUCUCCCAAUAGUUACAAGUUUCUUAGUAGCACCGUCCCAAGUAAAAGGUGGGAGCAUCUCUUUUUCGGGCUGCAUCCAGUUGAUUGGAUUCUGUGUCUUUGAGGCUUGUGUGGGUAUUUUCUGGCCAUCCAUUAUGAAAAUGAGAUCCCAGUACAUUCCCGAAGAGGCGAGGAGCACCAUUAUGAAUUUCUUCCGCAUUCCUCUCAAUAUCUUCGUGUGUGUCGUGCUGUAUAACGUUGAUGCAUUCCCGAUCACCGUUAUGUUUGGUAUGUGCUCAAUUUUCCUGUUUGUAGCCUCCAUCCUGCAAAGGCGCCUCAUGGUGAUAGCAGACAAGCUAAAGACAGAAAUCAGGCCUAUUUUCCGGGAAAAGGAUGCAGAGAUGGAGCCUUUGAAUGCCUAGGUUCACAAGGGCAUGUCUGUGCCAAAUGUGGUGUUCAAGAAUUGGAAAUUCACUCAUUCUUAUACCGAAAAAGCGGAAAAUAACUGUUUGAUUUGGUAUUUAUAUAGUAGUGAAGAUUAAAAAUGUAUAAAGUGGAUGGAGAUCUCAUUUUUUUUCCACUCAACUCAUCAGAAAGAAGAACAGAGGAUGGAGGAGAAAAGCUUUGAAUAUAGCAUCACAUGGCUGUUUCUAUUCUUUGAGUUAUCAGUUGUGUAUUGGAUGAUAUCCUCCAAAGAAUUAUCUUCAGAGUGGAUAUCAAUCUGCCUUUUGUAGUGCAAUUGUUAUUCUUUACCAAUCAAGAUCCUAUGGCUGGUGGUGCUCUCCCAGUGAAAUCUAGGUGAAGAUGCUCAAUUUUUUUAUUUUUUUUUUGCCAUGGAAAUUGUUAUUGUGCCUUAAUGCAUCACCUUAUAUAUUAUUUAAAUUUUUGUAACUUA